AUGGGGGGCGGGCCUCGGGGGAGCGGGAACCAAAACGCCAGGGUUUACGUCGGAAACCUGGCGUGGGACGUGGCGUGGCAAGACCUGAAGGACCACAUGCGCGGCCUCGGCGGCGAGGUGAUCAGGGCGGACGUCAUGACGGACCAGGGGGGUCGCUCGCGGGGCUGCGGCAUCGUGGAGUACGCCGAACCUGAGCAAGCCACGCAGGCGAUCGAGCAGCUCAACAACUCAGAGCUCAAGAACCGCAUGAUCUUCGUGCGGGAGGACCGUGAGAGCGGAACUCCGGGGAGUGGGCACCACCACAGCCAGCAGCAGCUGCACCACCACAGCCACCAGCAGCAGCAGAUGGUAGGGCAGAUGCAGAUGGGACCCAUGGGGGCCUUCGGCGGGCAGCCGUUCGCGGCCGGCCCCGGCGCGCUCAUGGGCCAGUCGAUGGGGGGGCACAUGCAGCAGAUGCAGAUGCACCAGCAGCACGGCGGGGGCGGGGGCGGGGGCGGGGGCGCGAUGCCGCAGGCUACCGGCAACCGCAUCUACGUCGGCAACCUGGCGUGGACGGUGGAGUGGCAGGAGCUGAAGGACCACAUGAGGACGGUGGGGAAGGUGCUGCACGCGGACGUUCUGCAGGAUGGCGACGGCCGCUCCAAGGGCUGCGGCAUUGUUGAGUACGAGGACAUCCGUGGGGCCAACCGAGCCAUCCGAGAACUCAACAACACCGCCCUGGGCGGCAGGCCCAUCUUCGUUCGCGAGGACAGGGAGCAGCAAAACCCCCGCCAGAGGCAACGCGGCGGCGGGAGAGGAGAGAUGGCGAACGGCGGCGGCGGCGGCCGGGGGGGCGGCGGCGGCGGCGAGAACCUCGCCGGCCGCCAGCUUUACGUGGGCAACCUGUCGUUCGAGACGACUUGGGCGGACCUGAAGGACCACUUCCGUACGGCUGGGGAGGUGGAGCGCGCGGACGUGAUGAUGGACGGUUCGCGUAGGUCCAAGGGUUGGGGCACCGUCCGCUUCAGGACGCAGGAGGAGGCUCAAUCGGCCAUCCAGGAGCUGAACGGCACCGAACUCGGCUCCCGACAGAUUGAGGUCAGGGAGGACAGCAAGACUGGGGGCGGCGGUGGCUCGUACCCCAAGGCGGGUAACGCCAAGGCCAGCGCCACCGCCGCCGCUGCUGCCUCGACUGACCCCGUAGGCGCGACUGCUGCCGCCGCGCCCGCUGCCUCCGCCGCGGUUGCUCCCAUUAGCACCACUUCCUGAUCCCCGUCGUCAGCAUCGGAGGAGAACCCGAGGACUAGCCACGAAAGGGAUGACGACUCGAUGUCUUUCGAGGCACGAACGUGGAGCCUGAGCGCGCGCGGGGGGGGCGAGGGGGGGGGGCAGCGAGGGCAAAUGCCGCAGGCGUGUCCCGGGCCCCCUCAUCCCACCGUUUUUCUCCCUGCUCUUCCCCCCUCCCCCACCCCCGAGCGCAAAGCUUUCGGCCGUGUCAAUUUGUACACGACUUAUUCAGACCGUUCGUGGGUGGAUUGGUGGAAAGGCUGUUGUUCUGCAGGAGAGGGUAUGUGUCCUGUUGCUGUGGCGGGUCUUCGCCGUAUCACCCCUAUUCUUCAGGGCGGAAGGAGUAUCAUCAGCAAGGAGCGGGUGUUUAACGUUCGGUGUUCACAGAAAUGAUUAUCUUGUUGCCUGUGUUUGUUGGGUGUUUCUUUUGUUCCGUUUGUGGCCGUUGAUCGAACGAACUUCCGUGUAAGGCAGCCAUUAGCCCACGCGAAUUGGAUUGAACUUUUUUGUGUGUAUGUUUGUAACGCUCGGAGCGCGCGGGGGAGGCGAGAGGGGGGGUGCAGGGGUAACCUGACCACGGUUAUUGCGCGUCUCGUCUUGGGGGUGUUUGUAUGUCGCGGUAGCGAAGACGCGGAAUAUCCUUGCGUGCUGGGAUGGCGCCUCAGCUCUUCCUGUCUCCUACAUCUCGUCUUUUUUUUUGUCUGGUUAUGGCGUCGCUCGGGAGAAAGCAGCUGAGCGCACAAGAUUGGGGGCGGGGGGGGGGAGGCUGCGCGCGCCCUACCUGGUUUGAGGAAUCGUGAUGACUUGAAGGCAAAGGUUCAUUUUGUUUAAACUGUUAACGGUAUUUUACGUAUCCCCCUACAUGUGCCCUUUUUCCUACAGUCGUUUUUCAAACACGCAGCAGACCGGCCCAUUCGUUGCACGCGGUACCAGCCUGGCCCGGAUUGUUGGUUGCCCCGGGAAUGGUAGAAAUCGAAACCUGCUUCCCUCCCCCGGGUGCACACGAGCCUGGGUAGGCGCGAGAAGAUGUACGGGAUGCGCUGCAGACGAGGCAUCUAUCGCUGGUGGAAUCGGAGGACCACUCUGUGAUACGGUUUUUAGAAUACAAGAGACUCUGACAUCAGGUCACGACAUAUGGCUGUGCUAGUGUUGCCCCCCCCCACCCCCCUUCUCGUUGACCGCGAUCCGGGGGGAGGGCGCACCGCAUUUGAACAUGUUCUGGUGUGUGGGGAUCCUCCUUUUCGUAGGAGCAGCAGCAGUAGCCGUUUCUGUGGGCGUGCGUGUGUGUGGUGGUAUCAUAGAGUAGUCAGCCGCCUCGCUGAAAAGUUGCUCCCUUUUGACCCCCAUCCUCUUACGGCACCUCAGGUCUGUAAGAUUGACAUGCGGCAGGGGGGGGGGGGGGGGGGGGGGGGGGGGGGGGGGGGGGNGGGGGGGGGGGGGGGGGGGGGGGGGGGGGGGGGGGGGGGGGGGCGAUGUGGGAGGCUAGCUGCGCUUUUCGUCUACGGACUUCAGGUCGACUUGGGAAAUCACCUACUGUGUGCCGAUGAGGUCUUGUUUCCCUGGCCCGAUCUUGCCAGCUCAUUUAUCUUUACUUGUCUAGGGAAGUUUGGAGGUCGAGUCCCAAUGGCCUGCCUAUCCGUAUAUCGUUCUUCCCUGAAAUGCGAUAAAAGAGUGUCGCUUAGAAGCAAAAGACGGUGCAUGAUGGCAUGAUGAACGGUUUUCUGGGGGGUCUGCUGAUAUCCCAGUUCUCGGAACGCCUGUGUGCAGUGUCGCCGUUGUUUUCAUUCACUGCUGCUUGUGUUUUUAACUUUAGUCCGCUACGCUGCUGCUGCGUGCGUGCGUGCCGUUGUUUUUUUCGCACCGUGCUGUUUUUUUCUCGGAGUAUAUGAUUCGCUGCUGUGCUUCCUUGGCCCUGAACAUUCGUUCGCAGACACGGACUGACUGGCAAGAGUAGCGGUGAUGUCAAAGAGCGGCCAGACUGUAAGACAGCCUCACUCGCGUACUUUCUCUGUCUUUUCUCUCCUCUUGUUUUUUUCUGUUAUUGAUAAAUAUCGUCUUGUUUGUGGCAUGACAUCCAACAGCCUGGGUGUCUUUUCCCGCGCGCGCGCACGCGGUUUGUUUCUUGACGAAAUUAUUUGGGUUGCUACGCCUUUUCGAGCCUCUUGGGUGUUGUUUGUGACGGAACGAAGAGAGCGGACCUGGCGACACUGCGUGUUCCAGUCCGACAAAAGCCUGCACUAACUGAUGUUUCGGCCCCGGCUACCUCAGCGGGUUGAUUUAUUUUCGCCGAGCCAGCGGCAGUGAAAGAUAGUAUUUGAUGGCACGAUGAUCACAACAAGUGU